AUGACAUCAUCAUCAGUAACUCCAUUAAAAUUAGUUAUCGACUGUGAUCCCGGUAUUGAUGAUUGUCAUGCACUAAUGAUGGCUUUAUCAUAUCCUAACGUUCAAAUUCUUGGUAUAAGUAUUGUUGCUGGCAAUACAUCACUUGUCAAUGGUAUUCAUAAUGUUCAUUAUGUUUUACAUUUAUUCAAUCGCAAAGAUAUUCCUGUUUUUCGUGGAGCUGAUCGAGCACUUGAUGGUAGUCAAAAAUAUGCUCCGCAUAUACAUGGUGAAGAUGGUUUUGGUAAUAUAAUUCAAGAUCAAAAUAUUGAAAUCGAUUUAUUAAGUAAUGAACCAUCAGCUGUAGCUCUUGUACGUUUAGCUCGAGAGAAUCGUGGUGAAAUUGUUAUAGCUGCUAUAGGACCAUUAACAAAUAUAUAUCUUGCACAUCGUCUUGAUCCGGAAUUUAAUCGAAAUAUAAAAUCUAUUUAUAUGAUGGGUGGAAAUUGUACAAUUCCAAGAUUUAAUACACUUUCUAUUGGUAUUGAAUUCAAUUUUGCUGUUGAUCCAUUAGCUGCUGCACGUGUUUUAGAAGAAUUUCAAACAAUAAAAAGAAUUAUAACAUUUGAAUUAACAUGUAUGGCAACAAUAUCAUUUGAAAAACUCGAUAAAGAAUAUUUUCCAUUAAAACAAAAUCCGAAUAAUUAUAAAGCUCGUUUAUUUGCCGAUGUUUCACAAUUUUUAAUUGAUUUUAUUAAAGUAUCUGUUGAUAAAUAUGAACUUUUUACAGGAUUAAAUUCAUGUGAUGCUGUUUGUAUGGCCUGUAUAUUAGAUGAAUCAGUAAUACAAGAAACUAAACGUGUUUAUGCAUGUGUUGAACCAUUUGGAUCAAUAGCAUCUGGACAUAUGAUUUCAGAUUGGUAUGAACAUUUCAAACGAGAACCAAACGUUGAGAUUAUUUCAAAUAUUGAUAUGGAAAAAUUUGAAAAACUUUUUCGUUUAUGUGUUGAAGAUUUUUCAAUAUGA